UAUUGGUUCCCUCACGUAGUUCAUGUGAUUCUAUAUAUUUCCUACUUUGUAGUCAUUUGUGAGGCACAGAGAAGACCAUGUAGAAUUUGGUGUAGGCAGUGCCUAAUAGAGAGUGAAGUAUCAUCUGUCUGUCACCUUGAUGGCAACAAGAGAACAUCUUUCUACUCCAGUAUUGUGGCUGCUUCUCCUCUCCAUUCAGUUCUGCCUGGGUGCUGAUGAACUGAGGCUGUCAAAUGGAACUGGCCGCUGCUCUGGAAGAGUGGAAAUAAAACAUGAGGGGCAGUGAGGAACUGUGUGUGAUGGUGACUGGACCAUAAAAGAUGCUGAUGUUGUUUGUAAGCAGCUACGAUGUGGACCUGCUGUUCAGGCCCUUAGUCAAGCUUCUUUUGGAGAAGGAUCUUGACCAACAUGGUUGUAUCGAGUUCAUUGCCAUGGUGACGAAUCCACUCUCUGGAACUGCUCACAUACAGGAUGGGGUGCUUUUACUUGCCCUCAUUACUUUGAUAUUGGAGUGAUUUGCUCAGGUUUCUCUGGGCUGUCUCUGACGGGACGGGACACUGCCUGCUCAGGACAUCUGCAAGUAAAGCAAGAAGAAACUUGGCCUAUGGUCUGCUUGUCACACACUGAUUUCAAAACUGCCUCUGUUAUAUGUAAUGAGUUAGAGUGUGGCCAGGCUGUGGAUAUCUUGAGAGGAACUCACUUUGGAAAGAGACAAGAACUGAUCUGGCAAGAAGAGUUUCACUGUGUAGGGAAUGAGACUCACCUUGCACACUGUCCCAGGAUGCUGCACCACAGUGAGACAUGUUCUCAUUAUGUCCGUGUUGUAUGUUCAGAGUUCCUGACCCUGAGGCUGGUGGAUGGCAAUGAUUGUGCCGAGAGGCUGGAAGUUUUCUACAAUGGGACAUGGGGGAGCAUUUGUUCCAAUCGGAUGUCUCAACUCAUUGCAACAAUUGUGUGCAAACACCUGAACUGUGGAGAUGGUGGGGAAAUCGCAAGAGACUUCACAUAUGGCAGAGGUUCUGGGCCCACAUGGCUGGACCACAAGAGAGAGCAACACAGCUCUCUCUGGCAAUGUCAGUCAGACCCCUGGGAUCCUCAUUCAUGUGAUAACCGAGCAGAAGAGACACAUAUUUCUUGCACUGGAAGAAAAGAGGCAAAGUCUCCAGCCACAUUUUCUGAGUGUCCAAAAUCUACAAGUUGUUCAGAUACCUCUAUGUUUCUGUGUUUUGCAGACAAGAAGUUACGAGUCAUAGGAAGACAGGAUGGAUGUUCAGGCAGAGUGGAGAUUUGGCACCACGGCUCUUGGGGAACAGUCUGUGAUGAUUCUUGGGACAUGGCAGACGCUAAUGUUGUAUGCAGACAGCUGGGUUGUGGAUCUGCUGUGUCUGCUCUGAGCGAAGCGGCAUUUGGGGAAGGGAGUGGUCCUAUCUGGUUGGAAAAGGUGCACUGUAAAGGAACAGAGCUAUCUCUUUGGGACUGUCCUGCCAAGCCCUUGUUCAGCAAAAACUGUGAUCAUAAGGAAGAUGCUGCCGUGGAUUGCUCUGGUAUGACAGAAAUGACAGCAUCAUCCACUAGAGCAGAUCCUCCACACCACCCUGCAACAGAGAGGACAAGAAUUUCAACACCUGUCAUCAUCUGCAUUUUUCUGGGGGCCCUUCUCUGCUUGGUCCUUGCCAUUCUUGCUGGACAGAUCCAAAGUGCCAGGGUACAGCAGAGAGGCUCCAGAGUAUCCUAUGACCCAUUCUCUGAGGCUGUCUAUGAAGAGAUCAACUCUAACCUGAUGAUGGAAAAGCAGGGCAUGACUGGCCUCCCAGAUCACGUUUCAGAGAGUUCAAAAACAACGGUACCGUUUUAUAAUGGGGACAGUGAUGAAGAAAAUAGUCCUGGAGCAACUCAAGGAAAUGGAAGAUGGGAAUCCUACAAAGAAAGAGACUGAAAAUCAG